AUGAACUUCUCGUGGAAAUGUAAAACAAUUUUUGUCGUUUUCCUGUUCAUCAUCAAAUAUUCCUCAGCAGACCUUGAGGAAAACAACAUAUGCGGGGGUGAGAAACGAGAACUUGUGGCCCAUCCGAAGAAUUGUUCCCUGUAUUACAAAUGUUCUCAAAAGCAAGUCAGCAGUCUCAAUGCCUGCCAAUCAGCUGAUUCAAAGUGGUUACAUGAAGAUUCUGACAAAAAUGAUGACAAGAAACAGAAUAAAUAUCUGCCGAAAAGUAUUUCAAUCAAACUUCCCACCGGGAAACAAACGACGACUCAGCUCAAUUUGGCGAAAAAACCAAACUCAACCGACAAUUUGGUUAUUUUGUGCAACACUCGUGGUAGAGUGGAAAAGUGGGUCGCUUCAGAAAACGAAACUUGGAGCGUGUACAGUGAUCUGAAAACUGAAUCGUCCAUCUCAGUGGCUACGCGGAUUGAAGGUGGCAAAAAGAAGUUAAUUUAUGAUGGUUCGUUUGUUGCCAACAAGACGAGAUACAGCCUCAGACCAAACGAAGGAAAACGAUCUUACCCACUGGACCCAAACAAAACGAAGUUCAUUUCUCUCAACGACACAACUUAUAUUCUGACUGAAGAAAACUACACCGCUGGUCAAUAUGAUUUUGUGCGAGCCGAACAAUCGGGGCCAGCCAACGUGACCUCGGUGAUGACUGACUUGGAAAAGUUGGUGAACGCACAGCUGCAAUCAACUUCAUCACAAAGAAGAUAUGGACUGGAGUUGUUCAUUGUUCUCGAUUACUCUAUAUUCUACAAGUAA